CCUUCCACUUCGCCUCUCUCUUUUCACUCUCAUUCCUCUCCUUUCGUCAUCAAUCAUGGCAGCUGAAAACACUGCGACUUUCAAACUCGUACUCUGUGGAGAUGGUGGUACCGUAAAGACCACUUUUGUCAAACGUCACUUGACCGGUGAAUUCGAGAAAAAAUACAUCGCCACUCUCGGAGUAGAGGUUCACCCUCUUACAUUCCACACCAACUUCGGAACGAUCUGUUUCAAUGUUUGGGACACGGCCGGCCAAGAGAAGUUUGGUGGGUUGAGGGAUGGUUAUUACAUCCAGGGUCAAUGUGGUAUCAUCAUGUUCGAUGUGACUUCUCGUAUCACCUACAAGAACGUGCCCAACUGGCAUCGUGAUUUGGAGCGUGUCUGUGAGAACAUUCCCAUCGUACUCUGUGGAAACAAAGUGGAUGUCAAAGAGAGGAAAGUCAAGACUGGUCAAGUCACAUUCCACCGAAAGAAGAAUUUGCAGUAUUACGAAAUUUCCGCGAAAUCCAACUACAAUUUCGAAAAGCCAUUCUUGUGGCUGGCUAGGAAAUUGGUCGGUAACCAGUCACUCGACUUUGUCGCUGCUCCCGCUCUCGCACCUCCCGAAGUGCAGGUCGACCCUGCUCUUAUGGCUAAAUACGAUGAGGAGCUUAAACAGGCUGCCAACGCGCCCCUUCCGGACGAGGACGACCAAGAGCUGUGAUCUCCCUACACAUUCCGCUCCAAUCACACGAACAUGCCGAUCAUCGCAAAAGUCGACAUCGGUCCACGACCAUCAUGUGUUGGUAGUAUGAGAUGAAUUGUGCAUGAAUAGUUUACAUUGAUCUG